AUGGGGACCGUGGCGCUGGCACUGUCCCUGCUGGUCGUGGUUCUCCCACGCCCGGCCACCGCCAUGCUGCGCAUCGGCGCCUUCAACAUCCAGGCGUUUGGAGACACCAAGAUGUCCAACGAGGAAGUGGCGGGCAUCAUCGUCAACAUCCUGCAGCGCUACGACGUGGCACUGGUGCAGGAGGUGCGCGACUCCGACCUCAGCGCUGUCACCCAGCUCAUGGAGCAUCUUAACAGUGUGUCCACGUCCCCGUACGACUACGAGAUCAGCGGCCCCCUGGGACGGGACAACUACAAGGAGAUGUACCUCUUCAUCUACAGGCCAGAUGUCGUGUCUGUGGUGGACACCUACCAAUAUGAGGACCCCCAGGAUGUCUUCAGCCGGGAGCCGUUCAUCCUGAGGGUCUCAGCACCCCGCACCAAGGCAGAGGAGUUUGUGCUGGUGCCACUGCACUCGGCCCCACACGAUGCCGUCGCCGAGAUCGAUGCGCUCUACGACGUCUACCUGGCCAUUGUCAACAAGUGGGGGACUGACAACAUCAUGUUCUUGGGGGACUUCAACGCCGACUGCGCCUACGUCCAGCCGAGCGACUGGUCGGCCAUCCGCCUGCGCACCAGCGACGUCUUCAAGUGGCUGCUCCCCGACGACACCGACACCACCGUGGGGAAGUCGGACUGCGCCUACGACAGGAUCGUGGUGUGCGGCGCCAAGCUGAAGAGAAGCAUCGUGCCAAAUUCAGCUGCCAUCUACAAUUUCCAGCGCACUUUCCAGCUGGAGCAGGAGGAGGCCCUGGCAGUCAGCGACCACUACCCAGUCGAGGUGAAGCUGAUGGCUUGA